AUGGUUGAUAAAAACAAAGAAAAGAAAACUCGACUCAUUUGUUCUCGCAUGCUGAUUGAGGUGGAAAUGGAAGCACAACUGCCAGAUAAGAAAGAUACACAACAGAACACUAAGGCCAAACAAGCAAACACCAGCUCCAGCUUGCCAGGGCAGGAAGUUAGCCAACAGAAGCAAAAAGGGGAAAGUGUUAUAGGUUCCAAGCAAACAGAUGGGAAAUUGAAGAGCAAGGUACAAAAUUCAGUACAAUUCCAUCCAGAAGAUCUCACACUGAUGCAGUUGGAAAAGGAAACAUAUCAGAAAUUCAGACAAAUGUCAUAUAUGGCUGAAGUAUUUUUGCAACAAAGGAGUAAGACUACUUGGGUGAAGCUAGGAGAUGACAACACUAGCUAUUUCUAUUCAGUAAUUAAGCACAAAAGGUUCCAACAUGCUAUUACACAGUUGAGGGACAAACAUGAUGAAGUUCAACAUGAUCCCACAGUUAUUGCUAAUAUACUUGUGGAGUUCUAUCAAGAGUUAUUGGGGCAGAAAAAACAAAGCAGAACAAGAGCAUUUAGAAGAUUCCUACUUAAUGGACGAGUACUAUCAGUCAGGCGGCAAUUACAGCUAGCCCAACCAUAUGGAGAGAAUGAUGUUAAGGAAUCAAUGUUCAGCAUUAACAAAAACAAAAGCCCAAGUCCAGAUGGAUAUGGGAGUGAAUUCUUUAAAGCUACAUGA